GUCUACGGCAGCCGUGAAGACCAACCCGUCGUUCCGUCAUUGAUACAUGCCGAUGAAAAACGCGUACUAGCCUCGUUUUGGUUCGUGAUUGACAAUAACAACCUUGUAUGACCGUUUUAUGACUUGACACUACUUGACCACAAUAAGGAGCCACGUACAGUCUGCGAUUCAAUGGGUGGGAAGAAGAAGAAGUCGGCUGCUCCGGUGGCCCCGGCGGUGGCGGCGGCGGCAGCGGGCAGGAGUGGUGCCGCUGCAGCGGGGAACAGUGCGGCCGAGGAGCCGAAGAAGCAGCCAGCCAGCAACAAGCCGGCUAAAGCAGCCAAAGAGAAUAAGUCAAAAGCUCCAAAGACCUACAGCCUGGCCAACACCGCCCAGGUCGACACCGGUGGAGUCUCAGACAAGUCCAUUCUGAAGGUUACCAUCCAGGCGGACCUGGAGAAGAAGAUCAUCAGGCUGAUCAAUGACUUCAGACAGGAGAACGGGGACAAAGGGCCCAUAUCGGGCAGACUUACAAACAAGAAACUGCUGGACCUGUACACUGCUCUGCAGAAGUUCAACUUCAAGAGAGAACACAUUGAGGAGGCGAUGAAGAGCAGUGUGCUGUACGGAGGAGAUCUCCACUCUGCUCUCGACUGGCUCUGCCUCAACCUCAGAGAUGAGGAGCUGCCAGAAGGUUUUAGCCAACAGAUGCAGGAGGAGAGCCAGAGGAGCAGGCCCAGGUACCAGCCUGCUGCUCAGGAGAUGCCUGCCGCCCCGAGCCCCAAAGCAACCAACAACACCCGCAAAGAGCCCACCCAGGCCAAAGAGAAGGAUGAAGCUGCAAGCAUGAAGGACUGGAUCCUGAGGUAUGCAGAGCAAAGCAGUGAUGAAGAAGAAGAGGAGGAGGAAGAGGAAGGAGGGAAGAAGACCACGCGCAACCCUGAGCUGGAUGAAAAGUUUGACCCAAACGAACGGUACUUGAUCCUCACUGCUCAACUCUAUGAUGCCAAAGAAAUGGCAGCUGCUGCAAAAGCCAAAGCAAACAAGGCAGGACAGAGGAUGGCACAGGACAGGAUACGUGUCAUACAGCAGGAAAUGAAGCAGUUGGAGUCGCACCCCGUUUUCAAUCCAGCCAUAAAAGUGGUGGACACACCUCAGAGGGAAAAGAAGAUACUUCCUGUCAGUGAGGACAAAGCUGACAUCACCUUCAGUUUAUUUGAACAAGCUGGAAAGGAUCCUCCUGCCGAGAAAGUUGUGAAAAAGAACGAGCCAAAGGACAUUCGUAAUUUUGACUACACGGCUCGUAGCUGGACCGGGAAGUCUCCCAAACAGUUCCUCAUUGACUGGGUCCGAAAGAACCUGCCCAAGAGUCCGCCUCCGGCUUUCCACAAGGUUGCUGCUGGUAGAUACUGGAGAUCCAAGGUUCGUAUUCAGAGGAUAGAUGAUGUUCUGGAGGUUUGUCCCACCAUCCUGACUGAGGACAGCAUGCAGGCUCAACAUCUGGCAGCCACACUGGCACUAUACACCCUGAUUAAAGGGCAGUCCGUGCACCAGCUCCUUCCUCCAACCUACAGAGACGUGUGGCUGGAGUGGCGGGACAGCGAGCAACUGCAACAGGAAGAGUGCCGCACUGCUGCCAACAAACCCAGGGACCAGUUCAUCUCCCGGCUUUUGACAAGACUCAAGCAGCAACAGAACCAGGACCAAGGGCAGGAGUCUGGAUCACAUGACCCGGUGGGGCUGGGCCGAGGUGAGGACGAAGAUCCUGAGGAGUCCUGGGAGAACCUGGCUGGUCUUGACAUGGGGGAGGGGGGAGAGGAACCGGUGGACAAGAGUGAGAAAAAAGGAGGGAGGAGGGAAGGGGCAGGAGCACUGGAAGCCUCCAGGGACCUUUUAAUGAAGCUGAAGAAGUCCUCGCUUGCCCACAAACUGCUGGCAGAGCGACAGCAGCUUCCUGUCUUCCAACACCGGCACCGUGUCCUGGAGGCUCUGCAGCGCCACCGCGUGGUGGUGGUGGCCGGUGAGACGGGCAGUGGAAAGAGUACUCAGAUUCCUCAGUUCCUGCUGGAUGAGCUGUUGACCGGGGGCAAACAGGCGCAGCCCUGCAACAUCGUGGUGACCCAGCCCCGCAGGAUAUCCGCCAUGAGCCUGGCCUGCAGAGUCAGCCAGGAGCUGGGGUGUGAGGACGGACCAGGAUCAAAGUCGUCACUGUGUGGAUACCAGAUCCGGAUGGAGAAUCAGUCUGGGGAGUGGACCCGUCUGCUCUACUGUACCACCGGAGUUCUGCUCAGGAAGCUCCAGCAUGACCGACACCUCAGCUCCCUGACCCACAUCAUCGUAGACGAGGUGCACGAGCGCAGUGUGCAGUCAGACUUCCUGCUCACCAUCCUGAAGGACGUUGUCAUGAGGAGAGCCGACCUGCAGCUGAUCCUCAUGAGCGCCACAGUUGACUGCAACAAGUUCUCUAACUACUUCAACCGCUGCCCAGUGAUCACCGUUCCCGGCAGGACUUUCCCAGUGGAGGUGUUUCAUUUAGAAGACAUAGUGGAGCAGAUGGGGUACGUCCUUGAAAAGGACUCGGAGUACAGCCAGAAAAUUCUUGAAGAAGAGGAAGAGGUCAGCAUCUCUGUCACGCAGAAAGGCGGCAAGACACAACAACACCAGGAGUUUAUAGUGAGGGACCCAUCCUCGGGCUGGGACCUGGGUCCUGACCUCGACCACUUUAGUAGCAGGACGCUGCACGUGCUGCAGUACAUGAACCCUAAUAAGAUCAACAUGGACUUGCUGGUUGACCUCAUGGACUACCUCGACAAAUCCCCGCAAUUUGCCGAUUUGGAUGGAGCCGUUCUCGUUUUCCUACCAGGUCUUGCGCACAUCCAGCAGCUAUAUGACCUGCUCUCCUCAGACAAGAGGUUCAGGGAUAAAAAAAGGUACAAGACUGUUGCUCUCCACUCCACUCUUUCCUCCAAGGACCAGGCUGCUGCCUUCACAGUGCCCCCUGCUGGAGUUCGGAAGAUUGUGUUGUCGACUAACAUUGCCGAGACAGGUGUGACUAUCCCCGACGUCGUGUUCGUCAUCGACGCCGGGAAGACCAAAGAAAAUAAGUACCACGAGAGCAGCCAGAUGAGUUCCCUGGUGGAAACCUUUGUUUCCAAAGCCAGCGCCCUCCAGAGGCAGGGGAGAGCAGGACGUGUCCGGAACGGCUUCUGCUUCAGACUCUACCCGAAAUACAGGUUUGAUGCCUUCAUGGAUUACUCCAUACCGGAGAUUCUUCGGGUCCCACUGGAGGAGCUCUGCCUUCAUAUUAUGAAAUGCCAGUACGGCUCCCCAGAGGACUUCCUGAGCCGGGCCCUCGACGCUCCCCAGCCCCAGUCGGUCAGCAACGCCAUCAACCUGCUGAGGAAGAUCGGUGCGUGUCACCCCAGCGAUCAUCUCCUCACCCCUCUGGGACACCACCUGGCGAGUCUGCCCGUCAACGUGAAGAUUGGCAAGAUGCUGAUCUACGGAGCCAUCCUCGGCUGCCUGGAGCCCAUAGCAACGAUCGCAGCAGCCAUCACCGAGAAGUCUCCCUUCUCCACGCCAAUGAAUAGAAAGGAGGAAGCUAACCUGGCCAAAGCUGCACUGGCAUUGGCCAACUCUGAUCACCUGACUAUAUACAAUGCAUAUCUGGGGUGGAAGAACUCACAGACUGAGGGUCAGAGAACAGAAAUGUCCUACUGCAGGAAGCACUUCCUCAAUCGAACAGCUCUCAUGACAAUAGAGGAUGUGAAGCACGAGCUGAUGCGGAUGAUGGAGCAGGCCGGUUUCUGGUCGUCUCGCUCCUCCGCUCACUCUAAGCUGCAGCCAGCCUCGCUAUCCAAGCCGCAGAUGUCGGUCCUGAACGCCGUGCUGACCGCGGGGCUCUACGACAGCGUGGCCCGGGUCCUGUGCACCCCCUCGGUGGAUGUGCUCGAGCGGUUGGCCUGCACAGCGGAGACCCCUCAGGGCAGGGCCCAGGUCCACCCCUCAUCUGUCAACCGCAACCUGCAGACGCACGGCUGGCUGCUGUACCAGGAGAAGGUGAAAUACACCAAGAUCUACCUGCGAGACACCACUCUGAUAUCUCCUUUUCCCAUGCUGCUGUUCGGAGGCGACAUCGACAUUCAGCACAGAGAGCGGCUCAUCUCACUGGAUGGAUGGAUACACUUUCAGGCUCCUGUGCGGAUUGGUGUGAUCUUCAAACACCUGAGGAAACUGAUGGACUCUUUGCUCGAAAAGAAGCUGGAGAAUCCUAGGAUGAGCCUGGAAGGUGAGAAGACCAUCCACAUGAUUCUGGAUCUGAUCAAAUCAGAGCAUGCAAUGUGAUAUCGGACCACAAAGACCAGAACCAGGACCAUUACACACACUUUCAACAGCCUCUUCGUCCGGAGUCCAGGAGGAUUGCUGUUUUACCAUUCAGGAUGAACAGCUGCAGACAAACGGCACCUAUUGGACAGAUGCUGUGCGGCCUAAAGAUGAACAUGAUAGUUACCAGGAACUCUUACUCACAUUGAGGAAGAGUGUAUAAUAUGAAAAGCAAGGGGACACCAUGAAAUUUGAGCGUACAAAUCAAUAAGAAGAUAAUGACGUUGCCAAUGCAGUGGAAAUAAAGCUGUGUUCAUUUUCCUUUCAA